AUGGCCUCGGAGUCGGUGAGGGUGGUGGUGCGCUGCCGCCCCAUGAACCAGCGGGAGCGGGAGCUGAGCUGCCAGCCCGUGGUGACCGUGGAGUCGGCGCGCGGCCAGUGCUUCCUCCAGAACCCGGGCGCCGCCGACGAGCCCCCCAAGCAGUUCACCUUCGACGGCGCCUACUCCGUGGACCACUUCACCGAGCAGAUCUACAACGAGAUCGCCUACCCGCUGGUGGAGGGUGUCACUGAAGGCUACAAUGGCACCAUCUUUGCCUACGGCCAGACGGGCAGCGGGAAGUCCUUCACCAUGCAGGGCCUGCCGGACCCACCCUCCCAGAGAGGCAUCAUCCCCAGGGCCUUUGAGCACAUUUUUGAGAGCGUCCAGUGCGCAGAGAAUACCAAGUUCCUGGUCCGGGCCUCCUACCUGGAGAUCUACAAUGAAGAUGUCCGGGACCUGCUGGGGGCUGACACCAAGCAGAAGCUGGAGCUGAAGGAGCACCCGGAGAAGGGCGUGUACGUGAAGGGGCUCUCCAUGCACACAGUGCACAGCGUGGCGCAGUGCGAGCGCAUCAUGGAGAUGGGCUGCAAGAACCGCUCGGUUGGCUACACGCUGAUGAACAAGGACUCCUCGCGCUCCCACUCUAUCUUCACGAUCAGCAUCGAGAUCUACGCUGUGGACGAGCGGGGCAAGGACCACCUCCGGGCGGGCAAGCUGAACCUGGUGGACCUGGCGGGCAGCGAGCGGCAGUCCAAGACGGGUGCCACGGGGGAGCGGCUCAAGGAGGCCACCAAGAUCAACCUGUCGCUGUCGGCGCUGGGCAAUGUCAUCUCGGCCCUGGUGGACGGGCGCUGCAGACACAUCCCUUACCGGGACUCGAAGCUGACGCGGCUGCUGCAGGACUCGCUGGGUGGCAACACCAAGACGCUGAUGGUGGCCUGCCUGUCGCCGGCCGACAACAACUACGACGAGACGCUGAGCACGCUGCGCUACGCCAACCGAGCCAAGAACAUCAGGAACAAACCACGCAUCAACCAGGACCCCAAGGAUGCCCUCCUGCGCGAGUACCAGGAGGAGAUCAAGAGGCUCAGGGCCAUCCUGGCCCGGCAGAUGAGCCCCAGCAGCCUGGCAGCCCUGCUGUCCAGUCAGGUGCCCCUAGACCCUGUCCAGACUGAGGAGAAGCUGUUGCCCCAGGCUGUGACCCAGCGUGACACGGAGGCCGAGAAGCAGCUCAUCCGGGAGGAGUAUGAAGAGCGCCUGGCCCGGCUGCGGGCCGACUACGAGGCCGAGCAGGAGUCCAGGGCCCGGCUGGAGGAGGACAUCACUGCCAUGCGCAACUCGUACGACGUGAAGCUGUCCACGCUGGAGGAGAACCUGCGCAAGGAGACAGAGGCUGUCCUGAAGGCAGAAGUCCUCUACAAGGCGGAGGUCAUGUCCAGGGCUGAGUUUGCCAACAGGUCUGAGUACUCACCUACUUUCCGGUAUGAGACAGCCGUGAAAUCCGAGAUCUACUCCAUGCCCAACACUCUGCCCAGUGAGGAGGUCUCUAAGACUGAGGUCUCCUCCAGGUUGGAAGGACUGCCCAAGGUGGAGGCCUCCCAGUCUGAGGUUUCCCUUGGGUCUGAUGAGUCUUCCACACUCGAAGAAGCCUCCAUGUCAGAGGCCUUCCCAGGACCGGAGGAGCCCUCCAACCUGGAGUUCUCCAUGCCCGAGGUGGAGGCCAAGGGCAGAUACUUCCCAGAUGAGAGUCUCGGCCGAGAGGCCAUGGAACCCCUGCUGGAGGGGGAGCCCUUCCUCCAGCAAGAGGAGCCACAGCCGAUGCCCCCGGAGCUGUUACCAGGCCUGCACGACCCGUUUGCUGAGGUGGAAGCCAAGCUGGCCAGGCUCUCCUCCAUGGUGGCCGGGGCAGACGUGCCCCGGGUGGACGUGUCCAGGGUCCCCAUGCAGCGUCCCUCCCUGACAGACCUGCCGGAGCCUGGUGACCUCAGGUCCGAAGCCACGGUAGCCCAUGACCUCCAGCCCAGGACUGAGGUCGACCUGGGCCCGGAAGUGGCCAAGGAGGUGGCGUUGGCCGCAGAGCCUGGCGUGGAGGCCGCGGCUGAGGCCCAGGUGGCCUUGGAGGCCCAGCCCCAGCCCCCGCUGGCCAUGACCAGCGUGAGAAGGGACAGCGUGGGCGUGGAGGUGGCGGUGCUGACCGACGACCUGCUGCCCGUUGUGGACCAGCAGCAGGUGCUCGCCCGGCUGCAGCUGUUGGAGCAGCAGGUGGUUGGAGGCGAGCAGGCCAAGAACAAGGACCUGAAGGAGAAGCACAGGCGGCGGAAGCGGUACGCGGAUGAGCGCAGAAAGCAGCUGGUGGCGGCCCUGCAGAACGCGGACGAGGACAGCGGGGACUGGGUGCUGCUCCACGUCUACGACUCCAUCCAGGAGGAAGUGAGGGCCAAGAGCCAGCUGCUGGAGAAGAUGCAGAGGAAGCUUCGGGCAGCGGAGGUGGAGAUCAAAGAUCUGCAGUCAGAGUUUGAGCUAGAGAAGAUCGAUUACUUGGCCACCAUCCGCCGGCAGGAGCGUGACUCGAUGCUCUUCCAACAGCUCCUGGAGCAGGUGCAGCCCCUGAUUCGCAGGGACUGUAACUACAGCAACUUGGAGAAGAUACGGCGCGAGUCCUGCUGGGAUGAGGACAAUGGCUUCUGGAAGAUCCCUGAGCCCAUUAUCAUAAAGACCAGCCUCCCAGUAGCAGUUUCAACAGGGCCACAGAACAAACCAGCCCGGAAAACCUCUGCAGCUGAUACGGGUGAAGCCGGCACGCAGGAGGAAGACCGCUACAGGCUGAUGCUCAGUCGGAGCGACAGCGAAAAUAUUGCCAGUAACUACUUCCGGUCGAAGCGGGUCAGCCAGAUCCUCAGCACGGACCCCAUGAAGAGCCUCACACACCACAGCUCGCCGCCAGGCCUCAGCUCCCCGCUCAGCAACAGCUCUGCCAUCCCGCCUACCCAGGCCCCUGAAAUGCCCCAGCCCCGGCCCUUCCGCCUCGAGUCCCUCGACAUCCCCUUCACCAAGGCCAAGCGUAAGAAAAGCAAAAGCAGCUUUGGCAGCGAGCCCCUGUGAACACAGCUGCCUGCUGCUGCCCUGCCUUUGGGUUUCCGUGAGACUGC